AUGCCCGCGCCGGGCGCGGAGGGGACGGAGCGCGCGUGCGGCGCGUCCGGACGCGCGCUGCGCGACCGCGCGACGCUGAAACACACGAGCAGACAGCAGGAAAUCAUCUUGCAAUCGAUUCGAGCCACCGAACAGACGAUCGGCGCGAUCAAACGCGCGUCGCUGAGCGAAGAGAUCGAAAGAAGGCGCGAGACGGCGCUUGGAAUCGUGCGUGAUAUCGAUGCGGCGUGGAAGGCGAUGCCGGCGGUGCCCGAACGCGGCGCGGGGGCGGCGAGGGAGUGCUUUUUGCAGUGCGACGCCGCGGGCUGCGGCAAGUGGCGGCGAGCGCCGCGCGCGAUGGGCGACGCGCUCGCGGGCGACGCGAAGUUUUACUGCAAAGACGGCCGAGACGGGAGAUUUAAUCGAUGCGAGAUGGCGCAGGAGGUCGGCGACGAUGAGGUGGAUAGCAUUUUGGAUGAGAGCGUCGCGGCGGACGCGGAGGCGCGGGAGAGGUGCAAGCGGGACAUCUCGAACGAGCGAGGGAGGAUGUAUCAGAAACGGAAGAGGUUGUUGGAGUUGGAGCGAAGGCACGAUAUUGGAGAGAUCGAACUUCAGGAGGACGGGACGUACGUGACGCUGGCGAAGCGGGGGAAGAAUGGAAAGAAUGGGAAGCGUCACGGGAAUAACGGCGUCGGCGGACUCGGUUCAAAGGCGCCGCCGCAUCCUGGUCCGUUCGAUGAGUUCGCGUGGGUGCAGUGCGAAGCGGAGGGGUGUGGGAAGUGGCGUAAGGUGAAGCAUGCAGCGGUAGAGGGGAUGUCGGUGCGAGAUCGUUGGGUGUGCUGCAUGAACGAAGACAAGGAGCAUUCGACGUGCAAAACGCCUCAGGAGAUGAGCGACGAAGACGUUGACAAGUUUAAAGUCGAUCAAGAGAGGCGAAUGAUUUUGCACCAGAAGCAAUUACAAGAGCACUAUGCGCACUUCGCACCGCGAGGGGCGAAGUUGCCCGAAGGUUUGAUUCGCGUCACGGUGCCGGUGCAGGACACAACGCCGCCCGAGGCGGAGCCGCCCGCCGCGGUACCAGUCGCGGCGCCGGCGCCAGGAACCGCCGAGACCACUAGAAUAUCGAUCGACGAUGGACCGGAAGACUCGCCCAUGUGGGUACCCGGGAUACCGCGUCCGAUGGCGCCGCUUGUGACGCCGAACACCAUUCCUGUGCAAGUGGCUGUUUCGUGCAACGGGCACGCGGGAGUCUACCUUCCGCGUCGGAACCUGUUUAGAUGCCACUGCGAGCAACCAGAACACAUGUGUGCGUCGGUGAGCGGCGAUGGUGACGGUCGUUUAUUCGGGGGAUCAGUUUGGGAGGCGCACUGCGGUAAGGCAUCGACGAGAAAGUAUAAAGCGUCCGUCAAGGUUCAUAUGAAUGGGCCGAAUCCGCAAAUGUUCAUUGGCCGCUGGUUCGAUCGUGUCGGCUUGAAAGUCGCCGACGCGAAAGGCGGCGGUGGUGGAGGCAAACCGAAGAAGCCAAAGGUGAAGAGUUUCAUUAUGGAGCUCGAAGAGGCGAUCCUUCCUGGACCGAUUAACCAACUGUCGCUUCGUAAUUUGAUGACCAUUUUCGGUUUCAUUUUGGACGGCAGCGCCGUCGGCGAAGUUAAAGUCAAGACUGAAGGUGAGGAAAAGGAAAAGCCGAAGGCUUUGACCGCGAAUGAGCGACGUGAAGAAGGUGCAAAAGAACUCGGGCGAUUCGCAUCGGUAUGUAAGGCGUGGAAGCAGGCGUCGUUGACAGUGUUGAAGACGGCGGGCGUAGCCAAGGCGGAGAAGAAGAAUUUUGACGGGACCGCGCUGCGAACGCAGUUUACCGUGAUUACAGAGUACGUCGACCGCAAAGAUGAGAAGGAGUGCCAAAUAGAACGCUCAGUGACGCUCGCGGCUAAUCACCCUUUCGACAAAAAGUCAAAGAUGAAGACGGCGCACGUCGACGACGGAACCCCUCCCGGGUGGUGGCCGUCGCUCGGUGUCAAGGCGGAACGUAAAAAGCUCGUCACAGAAGUCAUCGAGCAAGAAACCUACGGUGUUGAUUUCGUUACCGGUCGCGACGCAACAGAAACACUCAAGCGCGUGCUGCCCGAUUACUCUGAAGACGAUGUAUGGGGACUUUACAAGCAACUUCUCGCGCAAGUGAACGAAAGCUACGGAGCGAUGACUCCCGAUACUUUGGCGACGCAAAACUUGGCGGUUGCCGCUGAAGAUCUCGCGGUAAAGCUUGAACGUAAGGCGGACGCUAAGAGUUUAGCGUUUUCAAAGGCUUUAUGGAAACUCGCUGCGGCGGCGAUCGAGACGCCAGAAUAUUAUUACGUGCACAGAAAAGGAUUUGGCGUCGUGUGCAACCAACCGAUUAAAAAGGGUGAGUUUCUCAUCGACUUUCUUGGUGAGAUCUAUCCACCCUGGGCGUGGGCCGAGAAGCAAGAUGCCAUCCGUCAGGUGCAAAAGGCACGCGGCCUUCGCGAUCGCGGCCCUCCGGAGUUUUACAACAUGCAAAUCGAGCGCCCGGGAGGCGACGCAGAGGGUUACUCGGUGCUCUUUUGCGACGCGAUGCACGAGAACAACUAUGCCGGGCGGCUUUCGCACACCUGUGAUCCAAACGUCGAAGUCAACUUGAAGGCCAUUAAUGGCAAGUAUGAGAUUCAUUUCAUCACAACUCGAGACAUUGCACCUGGCGAAGAGUUAGCGUACAACUAUCACAGCUGUACGGAUAACAUGAAGGAGGUCGAGAUGGCGUUUUGCUUGUGUGGCGCUCGCAUGUGUCGAGGUUCGUAUUUGAACUUUGUUGGCGAAGACCACCACUCGCAAGUUUUGGAGAGCAAGCAUAAGCUUAUCGAUCGACAAGUGAUGUCGUUCAAGGCGAUCGAUAAGGCGGCGGAUCCGCUAACUUCGAAACAAGAGCGAUCUCUGGCGGCGGUCGGAUUCUAUCCUGGGAAAGGUUUACUCAGAAACUGCCCGGGAUGGUUGCUUCAGUUUGUGGGUGAUGUAGCGGUGUACAUGGAUACCGAGCUCAACGAACUUCCCAAGCACAUCCUCGCGGCGGCGAAGAAAGAGCAUGCAAAGCUGUUGGAGAAGAACCCGCAAGCUGAGUUUUCUUACACCGAAAAGUUUGCCAAGAUUGAUGCGCUUGCGAUGCGGGAAAACCGAACGCAGUGCGUCGCCAUCAUGCUGAGUAAAUUGCGUCGACUUUUGACGCGGGCGCGCGAUGAUGGUCCGCAGAAAAGCGUGUACGAGUGCAUGGAUGUGUUUGAAAAGUCCGCACCACCGUACGUUACGCUCACCGAAGCCGAGAUCGCCGCGCAUUUUUGGGGGUCUGGUCCGGAGAAUUUCGAAAAGUCCAUCGUCUGUGGUCUCAUUCGCGCCAUGGGCCCGCACGAGCGCAAAAACGACGCGGAUAAGUUCAUCAAGUGGACUAGUAUGGUGGAAAGUGUCGCCGUGGAAGUCCGCAAAGGCAAGAUGACGCGUAAAGAGUCAUUACUUUGGCUUCGUGAUGAACUAAAAAAGCUCAAGCAAACCGAUGGCGCGCGCCACGACCUCGCUGCGGGACUUAUUCACUUAUACGCCGAGACCAAUCGGUUCUGGCAGCCCUCUUCGGCACCAGAGCAUCAAGUUUAUAAGAGUGACAAGGUCGCGGUGCGCGAAGACGAAGUCAACGCGUGGGGCGUUGGUGCGGGUGGCGGUGGCGAUAAAAUCGUCGCCAGAGUGGAGAAAACGUAUCGCCCGGGAUUUUCUGCGGCGACGAUGCUGCAGUGGCACAAGCAAGAGAUGGCCGACCCGACGCAGUACAUCACCGCGAAUCGUAGGGGUAACUUGAGCAUGCCAGAUAUCGCGUGCUGUUAUUCCAGUCGUCCCGGACAGCCUCUCGCGAGGUCGAGUGAUCGCGAGCAUGAAACCUGGCUGGCGCACUUGCAGAGCUGGCCCGAGGAGCCAUGGCCGCAAUCAAGCGGGCCGUGGGGGGUCGCAAACUCGCAAAAACUGAUCGGUUCGCCGGUUUUAGAUGCUUGGAUGAAGGGCCAGCGAUCGAUUCCGGCUAAAUGCUUGGCGUGGUUGAAAACGAACACGGGCUAA